AUGUCACUGAACAAAUUCGUGAAACAGAUCGGCAUGGCGAGCGCGCUGGAGACGCUGUGCGGCCAGGCCUACGGCGCGAGGCAGUACCACACUCUGGGGCUCCACACGUACCGAGCCAUCGUCACCCUCCUGGUGGUGUGCGUCCCGCUCUCGCUCCUGUGGGCGUUCAUGGGCAAGAUCCUGGCGCUGAUCGGGCAGGACCCCCUGAUCGCGCACGGGGCCGGGCGGUACAUCGUGUGGCUCAUCCCAGGGCUCUUCGCCAACGCGGUGAUCCAGCCCAUCACCAAGUUCCUGCAGUCGCAGAGCCUCACCACGCCGCUGCUCCUGUCGUCCGUGGCGACGCUGGCGCUCCACGUCCCGCUCUGCUGGGUCAUGGUGUUCAGGACCGGGAUGGGGUACACCGGCGCCGCCCUGGCCAUCAGCGUGUCAUACUGGCUCAAUGUGGCCAUGCUCGUCGCCUACAUUGUGAUGUCGAGCUCCUGCAAGGAGACGCGCACGCCGCCGACCAUCAAGGCCUGCAGGGGGGUGGGGGUGUUCCUGCGCCUGGCUCUGCCCUCUGCCCUCAUGAUAUGUCUUGAGUGGUGGUCAUUUGAGCUCCUUAUUCUCAUGUCGGGGCUUCUGCCCAACCCGGAGCUUCAAACCUCGGUGCUCUCAAUAUGCACGCGAGUAGCAAACGAAUUGGGUGCUGGGAACCCCGAAGGAGCUCGAUCGGCGGUCCGUGUCGUGAUGUCAGUCGCGGUGACAGAGGCGGUGAUCGUCAGUGGAGCUCUCUUGCUGUCACGGCGCCUCCUGGGCCGCGCUUACAGCAGCGAGGAGGAGGUCGCAUCCGCCGUUGCCGCCAUGGUUCCCCUUGUCUGCAUCACCGUGGUCACCGAUGGCCUGCAAGGGGUUCUCUCAGGCGUGGCUCGAGGAUGCGGAUGGCAGCACGUGGGCGCGUACGUCAACCUCGGCUCCUUCUACCUGCUCGGGAUCCCCAUGGCGUUGAUUCUCGGUUUUGUGCUCAAGAUGGGGGCAAAGGGGCUUUGGAUGGGCGUCGUCUGCGGAUCCAUCUCGCAGACCACGCUCCUCUCCGCCAUCACGUUUUUCACCAACUGGCGGAAGAUGCAUAGAUCUUCGGUGAUCAAAGAGUUGCUUACCCUCAUUGGCAAUGUCAGCGGGAUGUGCACCAGCUACAACAAGUGCUCUGCGACACCUAUCCAGUGCUAUGAUGACCAGGUGAUCACCUUCACCGCCUCCAUUGCGUGCCCCAUCGCCCACUUACCCAUGGAGUACCUGGAUCUUCCUCUUUCCAUCAGGAAGCCAUCCGACAUCGACCUUCUCCUGCUUGUUGACAAGCUCGAGAAGAAGCUAUCCACUUGGCGGGCUUCCAUGUUAUCUCUUGGACACCGACUUGCGCUAGUUCGGCACGUCAUUUGUGCAAUGCCUACCCACUUACUCGUCGCCAUCGUCCUCAACAAGACGAUCCUCGCCAUGGUCAACCAGAUCAUCCACGGUUUUCUUUGGGCCGGCCGCAAGGAUGCCAAGGGUGGUCGGUGCAAGAUCAACUGGGCUAAGGAGAUCCAAGAUGAGGCGUGCUUGUGGGCUAAAGCUGGCGCCAAAGGAAUGAUCAAUCUCUUGCCAGCGACGUAG